CCUCUCCCUCCUCUCGCCCUUCCCCGCCUCAGGCUCACCGUCCGAUCUCGCCCGACCGCGGCGUCUGGAAGCACCGGGAAACUGCGUCUGCCACAGCGGUCCCGGGCAGCGGGGCCGCAGACGGCGGUCCCGGAGGAGAGCGGGGAAGAAAAGUCGUGCGCGCGCCGGGAGGAUGGAACGUUAUUAGAGUUGGCGGGUCUGGCUGCUGGGGUCCGAGCCCAAGCUGCGAGUCUCCGCGCGCCAAAGCGGGAACCUGGAAAGCAAGGCAGUUCUGCAAUUUCAUGCACGCGUCUCGGAACCCCUAAUUUGCAACCGCCAUGCACAGGAAACACCUACAGGAGAUUCCUGACCAGAGUAGCAACGUUGCAACGAGCUUUACGUGGGGAUGGGAUUCUGGCAAGACUUCUGAACUGUUGUCAGGCAUGGGGGUCUCUGCUCUGGAGAAAGAGGAGGUGGACAGUGAGAACAUCCCCCAAGAACUGCUCUCAAACCUGAGUCCCCCACAAAAACGGCUGAAGAGCAAAGGGAAUGAUAAAGACUUUGUGAUCAUUCGCAGACCUAAGCUAAAUCGAGAGAGCUUUUCAGGCGUGUCGUGGGACUCCCUCCCGGACGAGCUGCUCCUGGGAAUCUUCUCCUGCCUCUGUCUCCCCGAACUGCUGAAGAUCUCCAGCGUUUGCAAGAGGUGGUAUCACCUUGCGUUUGACGAGUCUCUGUGGCAGACCUUGGAUCUCUCUGGUAAAAACCUGCACCCUGACGUGGCUGGUCAGCUGCUGUCCCGAGGCGUGGUGGCCUUCCGCUGCCCUCGAUCAUUUAUGGACCAGCCGCUAGUUGAAAACUUCAGCCCCUUCCGCGUGCAGCACAUGGACCUGUCCAACUCCGUCAUCGAAGUUUCUGCCCUGCUCGGCCUGCUGUCCCAGUGCUUCAAGCUGCAGAAUCUCAGCCUGGAAGGCCUGCGGCUGUCGGAUGCUGUGGUCAAUAAUCUGGCACAGAACUCAAACUUGCUGCGACUAAACCUUUCUGGGUGUUCUGGAUUCUCUGAGUUUGCCUUGAAGACGUUGCUGAAUAGCUGCUGCAGGCUGGACGAGCUGAACCUCUCCUGGUGCUUCGACUUCACGGAGAAGCACGUGCAAGUGGCAGUGGCACACGUGUCCGAGACCAUCACCCAGCUGAACCUCAGUGGCUACCGGAAGAACCUCUCAAGAGCAGAUCUCUCUACCUUAGUUGGAAGAUGCCCUAAUCUUGUCCACCUGGACUUAAGUGACAGCGUCAUGCUGAAGAACGACUGCUUUGAGGAAUUUUACCACCUCAACUACCUCCAACAUCUGUCACUCAGCCGGUGCUAUGAUAUAAUACCCGAAACUUUACUUGAACUUGGAGAAAUUCCCACACUAAAAACACUACAAGUUUUUGGAAUCGUGCCGGAUGGUACCCUUCAACUGUUAAAGGAAGCCCUUCCUCACCUCCAGAUUAAUGGCUCCCAUUUCACCACCAUUGCCAGGCCAACCAUUAGCAACACAAAGAAUCAGGAGAUGUGGGGCAUCAAAUGUCGGCUGACACUUCAAAAGCCCAGUUGUCUAUGAAGUAUUUAUUCCUGGAUGGCGGCUCCUCUUUGGAACAGGGAAACAGGCAGGAAGCCCACUAGUUGGAGCACUCAACCAUUUUCACUCUUGAUUUUUCCUUUGCCUUCUUCAUUCUCUGAGUAUAUCUGAAAACCCCUUAGGAGAGAGGACGAUGAUGUAUGUCCUUUUUUCAGUGACUGUAAGAGCUGUCACUGCUCUAUUUUUGUAAGCCUAAAUUCUCGGUUUUGUGAAAUUUUAGGAAAGUAGCAAGCUUGUAAUUUUGAGUUCUUAAAGAGAAGAUUUUGAGCCACCUCUUCCAAGUGCACUUCGUAUCAAAUCUAUUUUGAAUCAAACUUACAAAUUAUCAGGCAAUCUUCAUUCUAGCCUCUAAGUUUCCUUCUAUUUAAUCUUUCACUAUUCCUUUGUGAAACAUAAAUUGGAAGAAGAAUAAGCUAUUUGUCUUGAGUUGAAUAGUAGCAGUUAAAGCACUCUCUUCAGGGGAUAGAAGAAUAUUUGCCUUUAGAUAUGAAAUUAAAUUAAUGGAAACAACCCUCAUGACUCACCUUGAUGUCGGUGGGCCCCACGGGUGACUUAUGUGAAGUGGGGAGGAGAAAGAUGGUCACUUUCUCCCC